AUGGCGGCCUCCACGAUGGCAGCACCGACGGCUGAGCUCCCGGCCGCAGACCACCUGGAGACUCCCAUGGCCACGUCCCGCACGCCCAUCCGCGCGAUCCUUGCCGCCACGGACGCUCUCGCCGGCGAGCGCGUGGUCGUGGGCGGCUGGGUCCGGGCCGGCCGCGUCCAGUGCGGCGGCACCAUGGCCUUCCUCACCGUCAACGACGGCUCCUGCCACGCCAGCCUCCAGCUCGUCGUCGAAGCGGCCUGGGUGGCGCACCCGCCGCUCGCCCGCCUCGCGACCACGGGGACCUCCGUGCUCGUCUCCGGCGUGCUCCGGGUCCCGCCCGGGAAGAGCAAGGAGCGCAUCGAGCUGGGCGUCGAGGCCGUCAUCGAGGCCGGCGAGGUCGACGACCCGGCCGCCUACCCGCUCCCCAAGACCAGGCAGCUCAAGCUCGACCACCUGCGGGACUUCCUCCACCUCCGGCCGCGCAACGACACCAUCGCGGCGGUUGCGAGGAUGAGGAGCGAGCUCACGUUCGCGACGCACUCGUUCUUCCGGGAGUUGGGCUUCCUGUGCGUGCACACGCCGAUUAUCACCACCAACGACUGCGAAGGCGCCGGCGAGAUGUUCCAGGUCACCACACUCUUCAGCCAGGCCCAGAAGGCGGACAGGGAGCUCAAGCUCAAACUUGCAGCUCACCAUGAGCAUGAUGCCGACGAUGAUGAAGAAGGAACUGUCAGUUUCGAGAGCGACUUCUUCAGGCGUCAGGCUUUCCUCACCGUCUCCGGCCAGCUCCAGGCCGAGGCCUACGCCUGCGCGCUCAGCGGCGUCUACACCUUCGGUCCCACGUUCCGCGCCGAGAACUCGCACACGUCGCGGCACCUCGCCGAGUUCUGGAUGGUCGAGCCAGAGAUCGCAUUCGCAAACCUGCAGGAUAUCAUGAACUAUGCAGAGAGUUACGUGCAGUACCUGUGCAAAUGGCUGCUGGAGCAUUGCAUGGAGGACAUGGAAUUCAUGGCUAAAACCCAUGAUAAGUCUGCGAUCGAGCGUCUCGAGCUCGUUUCCUCGACGCCUUUCGAACGUGUCUCGUAUACAAAGGCCGUUGAGAUCCUGAUGGGCUCAGCUGGUAGCAAGAAGUUCCAGACCAAAGUUGAAUGGGGAAUCGAUUUAGCGUCCGAGCAUGAGAGGUACUUGACUGAGGUGAUAUUUAAAAAGCCUGUCAUCGUUUAUAACUACCCGCGAGGGAUAAAAGCGUUUUAUAUGAGGCUCAACGAUGACCAGAAGACUGUGGCUGCCAUGGAUGUUCUAGUACCCAAGGUUGGUGAAUUAAUUGGUGGAAGUCAAAGGGAGGAGCGCUUCGAUAUCCUGAAACAACGGAUACUGGAUGCCGGUUUGCCGAUGGAAUCCUAUGAGUUCUAUCUGGACCUUCGACGCUAUGGAUCCGUGAAGCACAGCGGGUUUGGGCUGGGCUUGGAGAGGAUGCUCCUCUUCGCCACGGGCCUUGACAACAUCAGAGAUGUCAUCCCCUUCCCGAGAUACCCUGGAAAGGCCGACCUCUGA